AUGGACAUCCCUCGCGGCCAUGCAGCAAUGCCGCUUACAGAGGUCGACUUCUUGGACUUCAUCUUUAAUUACUUCAAAGCCGAAUACUACCCUAUCCGCUCAUUCUGGUCUACAGCAACCGCCUUUCCCCGCCAAACAGAACGAUGGAUAUCCAUGGGCCAUGAACUCUCGCCACUUGUUGUUCGGCCUGCAAAUGCGCAAGCGCAGAAAGAUUUGGAAUCUCUGGACUACUUCACAAGGAAAUGGAACCUAGAUGCUGGAUUCGUCAGAGGUUUGGUUAUUCGAUUCGCAAAGUACGAGUUGCACGAACGACUAGAGAAGAGGCUGUAUGAAUGCGCGAGACUAGAUUUGAUGGUGAGAAAGGCGCUGAAAGAGAAACACUUGAUAGAUGCACUAUGGCCGAGCCCUGCACCACGAAACAUUGCGAAAGAGCUGUUGCAGCAAGGUGUCCAAGUUCGCCAAUGGUAUGGCGACAUGUUCAACAAGUACUUCCGCGUUCUACAGUCUAUCGACUCUUUCCAACUCCGUCCGGAAGUCGACCACCACAUGAAGACUAGUGGAAAGCUGAUGUUGAUACCCUUUGUUGACCAUCUGAUCUUCGGAGCGGUUGAUCCCAUCAUACCUAUCGUAGCGAAAGGAGCAGGCUACGCGAAUGCCAAAGGGAGAGAUAACAGAAGUACCCCCGGGUUUGGUGAGCCAGGCAAGUUUGAGAUCAGGUUCGAUGCACCUGCUGAGGUGACGGAUACGUAUACAAAGACUGUUGUACGACAGUGUCAGUGUAUGAAGUGUGGAACGAAGAGGGAUGUGCAGGUUGUAAUUUCCGUGGACCCCAAUCCCAAUGCCGGAGCGAAUGCAAGUACAUCAUCUGCAAGCCGACAACGCGACACGGCACCAACACACUCAAGGACCGCACAGCGAUAUAGUCCAGGUUAUCAAAUGCCUAAUCAAAGCGAUGCAGCACCUCCUCGUCAACCUCCUCGACCACAACCUCAACCUCCUCUGGAAGCUGGAGCAUCCGAAAGCCCAUCAACACCCGACCUCAAGAAACAGUGUCCUCGGUGCACAUUCCUCAACGAUCCAAAUCUCACAGCCUGUGAGAUGUGCGAAGCUCCCUUGCCAGAAACGCCUAUCCAGAAACCUCCCAGUCCAGCCGCCAACAGGAAGGCCCCUUUGCACUCCCACUCAGCAUCACACCCACCUCCAAAUGUACCGAGGAGCAGAGAAGAAACGCUGAAGCAAGAACAAAGACCCGGAGCGCCAAACAGACACAGCCUAAGUGCAAGCCUAUUCUCCAUAUUCCCAUUCUCGCAGCAACAGCAGCAAGAGCAUCAUGCCAAGCUACCGCCUACGCAACAGGUAGAUACAUCACCAGCCAUACAAUCAUCCUCGCGACAAGCAACGAAAGACCAAGAAGAAGUUAGACCAUCUUCAAAAGAAGGAAAUAGACCAAAAGCCUCAUCACCUACAUCUUCUCACGCAGAGCCAUCUAAUCUCCAUCGUGGCGCCACUACACCACCAAAUCUCGUCGACCACACACCAGAAACCCCAUUGUCCCAGCACCCUGAAAUGGCAAUGAUGCCUCUAUCUCCUUCUCCGCCGUCUUCUUCCCGUCCGCGUCCCGCACCGGCCGGCCUUCCCAGUAAUCUCAUGGAUGAUUUCGUUCCAGUGUCACCAGCUUUCCCCAAGGAUGAGGAGGAUGAGGAUGCUGGGUGGGGUUCAAUGAGCCGGGAGGAGGCCCGUGAACAUGAUAGUAGUGACGACGAGGACGAAGGUAGUGAAAGCAGAGGGAACGGGGGGUUGAUCGAUUUGGAUGCGGUGGCUAGGGAGGAAGCUGACGUUUGGGGGGAUAGGGAUGAUUGA